AUAUUCUUGUACAGUGUUUGACAUUAUUAUAAAGGUUUUGUCAUAGUCAUUGUUUUUCACUUUUGUUGCCCCAUUUUGCUUUCUUUCUCAGCGAAAUGCUCUUUGCCUCCCUAUGCCCCCGAUCAUGUCGUUUAUCUGUUGUCUCACUGUGUUAAUUUGCGGGUUUCUCUCAUCUUGUCUUGCAACUAACUAGGGUUCCUCCUCAACCCUCACAUCCAAUAGUAAAUUUUUCAACAAUUCUCUCUCUCCGUUAGGUGGCACACUUUUUCACAAGCCAAAUAUUAAAGAAUUAACAGAUCUUGAAAGAUCAAGCCUCCUACAUUAAGGAAAAAAGAAAACAAAAGAGUUCUGAGUACUGAGAAUCUGUGAAUAGUGGCACUCAGAUUCGAUGAAGACGACUUAGGCACAAAAAGUUCAAAAGAAAGUUCAAAAAGUAUAGCAGCAGCAAAGUGCUUUAACAAGCAGGCAAAAUCUCCACAUAACCCUAAUUAGUUUAAUUAGAUGUGUUUAUACAUUAAGUUCCAAAUAGAACUAAUUCAAGUGGACUAUCUAUUUAUGUUCUUAAUAAUUUAAAAUACAAUUUGGUAAAACACACAUACAAAAUUUGGCGAAAUUAACACACAUAAAUAUGAUCAUUUAGAAGAUUCAAUAUUGAAUAUUAUGUAUAGAGAGAGUUUAAAUCUAUUUAAAUACUGGUUAGAAGUAUUUUUUAAGAAUUUAUGUAUUGUAUAUAAAAAAUAUUUUCCAAUAAAAGAGUUCUGAAAAGCCUUUUUAGACUUGUAUUUAGAUAGAUUCUUUGUAAUUAUAAAUAGUUGUUUGGUAAUUGAUUAGUGUAUAGUAUGUUUUGAUUUGUUAGGGGGAGUGAAGAUCAUGGCCUCUUCUAGCUACUCCAAUUCUCCAUGUGCUGCCUGCAAGUUUUUGAGAAGGAAGUGCAUGCCAGAUUGCAUUUUUGCCCCAUAUUUCCCCCCAGAAGAGCCUCAAAAGUUCGCCAAUGUACACAAGAUCUUUGGUGCAAGCAAUGUGAGCAAACUCCUCAAUGAGGUGCAACCCUAUCAGAGAGAGGAUGCUGUGAACUCUCUUGCCUAUGAAGCUGAAGCAAGGAUCAAAGAUCCAGUCUAUGGCUGUGUUGGUGCCAUUUCAGUGCUCCAAAGGCAAGUCCUAAGGCUACAGAAGGAACUUGAUGCCACAAAUGCUGAUUUGAUCCGCUAUAGUUGCACUGAAAUGCCAAGUACUCAUCAUGGAAUGAGAAGGGUGAGUGAUGAUGGAGGUGGUGGUUCCUCACUUGGUCACUCUCAUGGUUUCUCUAGACCUUCUACUACUAGUUGGAACAAUGAUCCUUAUGGAAAUAAUGGCUACCCCAGAGGUGAUAUAUAACAAUUGUGGUUUUCAACUCUUCCUAUGCAUCAAUCAUGGUAGUCACGUAUUAAAUUAAUUUCACUUUUAGGGUUCUCUUAUGGUAAAGUAUUGGAGGAAGGGGGUCUUAUUUUGUGCAUAUAACCAUAUAUAUAUAUAUAUAUAUAUAUAUAUAUGUGUGGUCAUAUGAAUAUAAUAUAUGGUAUUUUGUUUAUUUUCAUCAUGGGUAUCCUUUAACCUAUUAGGCCACAAACUAAUACUAUAAUU